AUGGAAGUUGCUAUUGAAAAAUGCUGUGAUCUAAAAAAUUUGGAUGAUAAUUGGGCGGAAAUCAUUCACGUUGCGGACACUUAUGCUCUAGGACAGCCUAAAAAGUGUCUUAAACUCAUAACGAACAAGAUUUUCCAACAAAAUCCCAACGUGUCCAUGAAGGCCAUUACGCUUCUUGAUUCUUGCAUUAAAAAUGCGGGAAAUGCGUUUGUCCGCGAGAUGUCUUCAAAGGAGUUCAUACAAAAUUUUAAGAAAGGAUAUCCAAAACUACAAACGAAACCUCGAAUGAGGCUUAUCGACCUUUCAAAGGGUUGGUGGAAGGAUUACUCUUCUAAUCCAGAAAUAAGUCUUCUCACUGGACUUUAUCCGUGGAUUCAAAUGGAAUAUCCAACACACGUUCUUGAAUACGAAGCUUCACAGAAUAUUGAAAGUAAAAUGAAGAACAGGGAAAAGAUUCGAAACCUUCAGGCACAGGAAGAGGAGGAUCUUGCCAAAGCUAUCGCCUUAUCGCUCUCUGAGAAUGAAGCCAAAGGUGCUCAGUCUAGAAAUCAACCGCUUGCACAACAAGUCCAGAAGCCACAGGCCUCAUCGAGUGCCUAUCCAAGUCUCCAAAGCACGGGAAACGCAAGCAGUACUACACCCAUUCCGAACGGUAACCUAAAUUAUGGCACUGCUAGAGCUCAAUUCGACUUUGAAGCAGCGGAGGAUAAUGAAAUCUCCUUCAAAGAGGGUGAUAUUAUCACUUUAGUCGAUAUUUCGGACCAAAAUUGGUGGAAGGGCAGAAUUCGGGGAACUGAGGGUCUGUUCCCUGCUCAGUUCGUCAUUCGAGAAUCUGCGGAUACUGGAAAGGAAACUAAAGUUCCUGGAGCCAAAAAGACUGAUUCCUCCUCUUCUCAAAAGGAGGCCGUUAAAAUCGAUCCAGAGUUGGUAGAAAACUGUCUUGAGAUGUUGGGUGAUGCAGACACAACUGGGGUCUCUCGUCCAGAUCCAGAGGACCUCCCAGUAAUGGAAGCCAAAUGUAAAGCCAUGGAACCUCUGAUCGAAGCCGAGCUGGAAUCUGUCUACGGUCGAAUCAGCGAAGUGGAUCUUCUCAAACAGAAAUUGUCUGAAGCUCUUGCCCAAUAUCAUGAACUGGCCUCAGGUCGAGGUUACGCAACCAUGCCCCAGCAAUCUCAGUACGCUUAUCUUAAACCUGGUAUCAUGCCUCCUACCGUCUAUCCUCCUGCUAUGGUCUAUCAGCCACAACCACCACCGCCACCGCCACCGACUCAACAGCCCCCAACUACGGCAAUGUAUCAGCCAUCUCCAGUGCCUCAGUCUAUGAUGGCAUCUGGUGGUAUGGCUCAGUCGUCCAAUGGGACUUCUGGUAUUCCUUCAGCUCAGUCUGCGGUCUAUGCUUAUCCACCUGUACAACCUGUCUAUCCAUUCCCUUAUGACCCCAAUUUGCCGUGGCAGCAGCAACCCCCACCUGGUGUUCCUCCCAUGCAAACUCCACUUCAACAACCUCCCACAGCUUAUGGUCAUCCCACUUAUCAACAACAUGCCUAUUCUGGUACCUAUCACGGACAUUCUCAGUCCAAUUCCAGUAACCCACCACCAACCGAAUCCUACAACGUGAGCUGA